GAGGCGAUAGUUUCCAAGCUCCUGGAGAAGCACGGCCGCCUCGUUGUGGAGGGCGGGCACGUGAACACGAAGAGCGAGCCCGGCUACGCCUCCUCCCACGCCUUCUUCGAGCAGCUGGCCCAGGCCGCCACCGCGCUUUUCCCGAUGGACAAGGCCUCGCGGUCGUACCGGAGCGCCUUCACGAUCAACUACCGCGCGCUGUUCCCCGACGAGUCGCGUACGUACCGCGUGGACGUCUUCGAGGCCAGCGUGGAGCAGCACGCCGUCAUCUGGGUCAACGGAGAGAAGUUCGUCUUCUCCCAGGAG